GUCGGGGGAGGGGACGCCGUGUCCGGUCCCGCCCCGCUGCCGGCAGCUCCAGCACGGCCGAGCCGCCACUGCGCCGCCCGCAGCGUGGUUGCCACUUCCCCCUGCUGCAGGAAGCGGGUAGCCGUGGUUAUGGAGUUCUCGUAAGCCAAGCGGCGCCAGCAUCCCUUGGAAAGUUUUCCCCGCCCCAAAGGCAUCGGCAGCUCAGCUGGAGGGCUGGAGGGAGAACUGUCAGAAGAGCUGGGAAUGAGAUGGACAUACCAUGAAGGACACAAAGCUCUGGGUGAUGAUGAGCUGCAGAUGAACACAGUGUUUGCCUCGGAGGAUGGAUGUGAGUGAGAAUAACAUUUGUGACACAGGGGGGAAGCAUUCCAGUUAUCCCAGAAAGGCCAUGAAGCAGGUGGGCCACAGCUGUAGCCUGCAGAAGGAGGUGGACAUGAAUUACUCCUGCAGUCCUCCUGGAACGCAGGGGCUGCGGUGUGGAGACAAAGAAACCUGUGACAGCUCCUGCCAGAAGCGAGGUGAGAAUCCAGCUGGGGCGUUUGCUCCCUCCAGCACCAGCUUCCACCUGCAGAGUGAAGAUGAGGAUUUAGAUCACUGUUCCUCUGAGCGCCCCGGGAAAGCACGGACGAUAACGAAGCUCCGUGAGGACAGCGGGAGCGCCGCUCCUGGGGAUGUGCUUGGUGAGGACCCGGAGCGUGUCCCCGAGGGAGCCCUGCCCCAUCGAUGCAAGAAGUGCGGCUGCUCUUUCCGCAGCGCGAGUGAGCUGCAGGAGCACAGGCGGGCUCACCUGCUGGAGAACUCCUACCGCUGCCCCGUCUGCGCCAAAGCCUUCUCCCGCGCGGCCAACCUGCGCAUGCACAAGCUCAUCCACUCCAGCGAGAGGCCGCACAAGUGCCCCGAGUGCGACAAGGGCUUCAUCCGCACGGCCGACGUCUGGAGGCACCUGCGCAACGUGCACAAGAUCGAGCGCUCCAUGGUGAUCCUGGCCAGCGGCAUGGCCAGGAACCCCUGGUCCGUGGUGCACCGCAGCCAGGGCAGCGGUGAGUGCCCUGAUCAGGCUUGUCCUGGAAACCCAAAGUCUCAGGAGGACGACUUCAAGCCUUACGCCUGCCCGACGUGCGGCAAAGGCUUUGAUAAGCCCAACCUGCUGUCCAAGCACAAGGUGAUCCACCGGGAGGACAAGCCCUACAAGUGUCAGGAGUGUGGCAUGGCGUUUGUGCAGCUGCUCAGGCUCAAGAGACACCAGCAGACUCACUCUGGGGCACGGCCCUUCUAUUGUGAGGAGUGUGGAGGGACCUUCACCCGGCUGGCAUCGCUCCAGCGCCAUCACCGCAUCCACACCGGAGAGAAACCCUACUCCUGUAACUUCUGUGGGCAUUCCUUCACCGAGUCAGGGACCCUACGGAGGCACGAGCGCACUCACAAGGUGCACAAACCUUAAUUUCAGGUCUCUGUGGUGUCUGACAUCUGAACGAGGUCUGCUCAGUUGGGCUGGAAAAGCACCCCAUGGUGUGUGCUCUGCCGUGUCCAGACCCACUGCCCAGCAGUGGCUGACAGGCAACGCUGCAUCACAGGGAGCUCUGGAACUUGUACUGGGAAGGACUGCCUGACUUUAAAGUGCUUUGUAUGAGAAAAUAACCUAAUUACCCCUGAGUAAUGAAAUGGGAGACUUGAGGAGACUGAAACCACUCGCAUGUGUUUGCGCUGUCUCUGCUGGACUGGCGAUGCAUCUGCUUGAGCUUUGUGCAGGACGUGCAAACAGAGGCUGUGGGAAUUCACUGGAAAAAUUGGCCCUGCCCUCUUGAGUGUGACGGCUCUUUGACACUGGGUUUGGUUCUGAGUUAGAACAGUCCAGAGUUGUCCCUCUAUCCCUUCUCUCCUUGUGUUUUGCUGAGUUUUUCUUUCUGUUACAUUUCUUUUUAUUUGGAAGGGGAAGUAUCAUGUUGGUUAUUAAAAAACCGAACAAACUCCACUUACAAACCAGUUCCUUAAUAAACACAACAGUUACCAGCUGUAUUUCAGAAUGUUUCUAUCUGAGGGAGUACCAAUACUUUAUGCACUUUUGAGUGAUGGGUUGAACAUCUGUUAAUAAUGGGGAAAGCUUCAUUUUGGCUAUUUUAAGCCACCUUUGCUACUCAUUGCAGAGGAACCUUCCUCAUUUAAAUGUUUUCACACAUAGGGAAGCUUCCCAUAACAAAAGAAUGUUCUGUGGUGUGUCCAAGUAUUGCCCAAGGUGUCUGUUAGACUCUUCACUUUGAUUUAGAUUCAAAUGAUUAGUGAAGAAAAAUUUCCUUAGGAAUUAACCUGACAGACUUGGGCAGGUGUUGACAAAUCCUCCAAGGCUGUAGCUUCCAAGAGGUGUGUAACGCCUCAGUGUUAGGAGUGGGCCUUUCACUUUCAAACUUAAUAAUGACUUUAAAUCUGCUGUUAACCACUGUGGUAGAAGCAUCCAGUUUGUCCUGAAGCUGCAGCCUGAAUUUCUUUUCCAUGUCAGAAGGUUUUGCUGCUUUGCUUCCUUUUUCCUUACCAGCUGCCAUAAUUUGAUUAAUUUCUUUCUAGGGAUUUCUGCCUUUUCAGUAGAAAGUUGUGCAGCAGAGUGAAGGUAAAGCUCCAUUUGCAUUUAUUAACAGGUUAUUUAAUAUAAAGAACUGAUUGUGCCAUUUGUUUCUGUAUUUCAUUGAAUAAAAAAGGAUGUUGGCAGCUCAGCACCUCCCACCUGUGCAGCAGCUCAGCAGAUGUCACAGUGUCACAGAGGGUUCUGUUGUGUUUAAUGUCAGGUCCUUGGCUCAGAUCAAGAUGAACCACUGUCCACAGCAAAGCUUUAGCUUGAUUAUAAAUGGGAGGCUAAUUGGUGUCACUAAUGCAUCAUUGCCAUUUCAUUCCUCAAAUAAAUCUCCAGCUGAGGGAAGCAAUGUGCAUCCUGCCCCUGAGGGAUGUGCUCUGUGGUCUGUGUGUUUGUAAUUCUGGGAUGGCUGGGCCCUGAGUGACACUUCUCCAAACUCCCCUCUGCAGGAAGCUCCAGUUUGGUUUUAGCUUUGCAAAGGGCCUUUGAUGGGGCCCCUUAGCAACAGCUCAGUCUUAUCUGAAGGCUGUGGAGCCUCUCAGAGAGGAAAGAUCUUUGCAUGGAAAGAAUCCUGGCUGGCUGUGGGUGAGUGAUCUGCAGAGGGAGGUCACCAGUGAUGCUCUGUGGUGCUGUUCAGCACCAUUUGAGGUGACCUGGAGAGAGGGCAGACAGCAAAGUGACACAGCUGUUCCAGAGGCUAUCAUGCAUUAAAUUUCCACACUCAUUUUCCAAUCCCAUUUUGAAGUUAUCAGCUACAAUCUCCCCUGUUCAUCAUCCUGCUUUUCCUUUGGGUAUGGCAUGCUCCUGCUGUAGGGUGGUUUAAUAUCCAAUUAAACUGCACCACUUAUGCACACCUUUAUGUUGUGUGACAGUUCUGCUUAGGCAGUUACGGUAAUUGGGAACAUACAG